UCGGUCUCGGGGCGGUCGUACAGAGGGUUUCGGCGUGGGGCGGUGAACUUCAGGCGGUCGUGAAGGGUCAUUAGAGAGGCCGUAAAUCAACCCAGUAAGCUGUUUUACGUUUACUUAUUGCAUUCUGUGACUAUCUCAUCUCACCUUUCAUCAGUCUGGUCAAUGGAAGAAGCCGCCGUGCGCCACCCCCUCGCCCCUAUCUGACGCCGACCGCGACGCUGAGCCGAGCUGAGGCCUGAGCCAGAGCCAGAGCCAGAGCUGGAGCCGGAGCCGCCCCACCAGCCGCACCAUGACCCAGGACCAGGUGCCCGACGAGAUCAAGGUCAAGACGGCCUACAAGGGGGAGUUCUACAUCACCUACAUCAGCCCGGCGAUGCGGUUCGAGGCGCUGGUGGGCGAGAUCAAGGACACGUGCCGCUUCUCGCCGCAGGAGCAGUUCACCGUUAAAUGGGUGGACGAGGAAGGCGACCCGUGUACGCUGUCGACCCAGGAGGAGCUGGAGGAGGCCAUUCGACUGUACGAGGUCAACAAGGACUCGGAGAUCACCAUCCACGUGUUCCCCGGGAUACCUCCGGCACCGGGGAUGCCCUGCGCUGGAGAGGAUCGUAGCAUAUACCGGCGUGGGGCCCGCCGGUGGCGCAAGCUCUACAAGGUCAACGGGCACAUCUUCCAGGCCAAACGCUUUAACCGGAGCGCGGCGUGUGCCUACUGCGCCGACCGGAUCUGGGGCCUGGGCCGGCAAGGCUUCAAGUGCACUCAGUGCAAGCUGCUCAUCCACAAGAAGUGCCACAAGCUGCUGAAGAACAAGUGCACUGGCGAGAUCGUGCCGCCCACGCACCUGCGCACCGACUCGGCGAACGGCGAGCGGGAUGCCCUCCCACCCGACGCGACCAGCGUGGUGCCGCCGACCAAGGCGCACGUGCCGCUGCCCAUCGAGGACGCCACCUCGGCGCCCACCGAGGUGGUCAGCGUGGACGCGCCGUCGGCAGAGCUGGAGCCGGGCGGCCAGCGGCAGUACUCGCUGAACGACUUCGAGCUGAUCCGCGUGAUCGGCCGCGGCAGCUACGCCAAGGUGCUCAUGGUCGAGCUGAAGCGCACCAAGCGCGUCUACGCCAUGAAGGUGAUCAAGAAGGAGCUGGUCACCGACGACGAGGACAUCGACUGGGUCCAGACCGAGAAGCACGUGUUCGAGACGGCGUCCAACCACCCGUUCCUGGUGGGACUGCAUUCGUGCUUCCAGAGCGCCAGCAGGCUCUUCUUCGUCAUCGAGUUCGUGCGCGGCGGAGAUCUGAUGUUCCACAUGCAGCGCCAGCGGAAGCUGCCCGAGGAGCACGCCAAGUUCUACACGGCCGAGAUCUGCCUGGCGCUGAACUUCCUGCACGAGAGGGGGAUCAUCUACCGCGACCUGAAGCUGGACAACGUGCUGAUCGACCACGAGGGCCACAUCAAGCUGACCGACUACGGCAUGUGCAAGGAGGGCAUCCGCCAGGGCGACUCGACGUCCACCUUCUGCGGCACGCCCAACUACAUCGCGCCGGAGAUUCUGCGCGGCGAGGACUACGGCUUCAGUGUGGACUGGUGGGCACUUGGCGUGCUGAUGUACGAGAUGCUGGCCGGCCGGAGCCCGUUCGACAUCGGCGUGUACUCCGAGUCCCCCGACCAGAACACGGAGGACUACCUGUUCCAAGUGAUUCUGGAGAAGACCAUCCGCAUCCCGCGCUCGCUGUCGGUGAAGGCGUGCAGCAUCCUGAAGGGCUUCCUGAACAAGAACCCGGGCGAGCGUCUCGGCUGCCACCCGGAGACCGGCUUCCAGGACAUCGUCAACCACCCGUUCUUCAAGUCCAUCGACUGGGAGCUGCUGGAGCAGAAGCAGGUGACCCCGCCGUACAAGCCGCGCGUCGAGACCGAGCGCGACUUGGCCAACUUCCCGCCCGAGUUCACCGACGAGCCCGUCCAGCUGACCCCGGACGACUGGAAGGUGAUAGAGAAGAUCGACCAGAGCGAGUUCGAGGGCUUCGAGUACGUGAACCCACUGCUGAUGUCGCUCGAGGACUGCGUCUAGCCGGCGCCGGCGCCGGCGGCGGCCAGCUCCGGUGCCGGUGCCGGCUCCGGUGUCGGCCCGGUCCGGCUCGGCCAAGGCUCGGUCGGCGGAGGUGGCGGCCGGCAGCAGCAGCUCCGAGCUCCGGCGGCGCCGCCUCUGGAGCGGCCAGACGCCGUCACAUCCAGCCGGCUCCUCAGCGACUCGGAGCGUGGGGGUCGCCGGUGUUUACGUGGAGCGUCGCUGGACUUCAGCGACGCUCGUGAUUUAGGGCCGAUGCCUCGUUUUAGCUGGUCUGUGACCGACUGUCGUCGCCAACGGUGUCUGUCUCUGUUGUACACUGUUCCAUAUUGGAUAGAGGCGGCUGCGGGGUGGAUCAGUUCCUCGAUGACGCGAUCAAAUGGCCGAUCUAUAAGGCAGCAGCUACCAGAAGUGCGACUUCGUACCAUUCCAUUAUGUGGGCGUAUUAGUUAAGUUCAGUUAAGUGAUUCUUCUGAAUAGUUGCAUUCUCACUAACUAUGCGUAAGUGCGAGCAAUCGUCUCACCGAAUCGAUCCUCUAUUUAUCAUAGCAGCUCUUAGACUAAAGCGUUUUUACCUGGGCUUGUGGCAUCGCGCGCUGCGAACACGACAGCGGGGCACUUUUGUGCCGGGCUUUUUUGCCCGCAGAUUUCUACUUAGUCCAUACAUCCCCGCAGUGCGGUGUCCGAUCCCGGCGAGAGGGCACGCGUGCACGACUUGGGAGCGCGUCGUGUGCACGAGUGUCUCAAAUUUCGGCUAGUGUGGCAUCGCCGACGAACGUCACGCUGCCACCCCGGGGAAGGUUAUCAAUAAAUCUUUU